AUGGCGGCCAUUGAGACCCAGGGGAAAGAGGAUGUUCCCAAGCCGUACGACCAGUUCAUUCUCUUCGGAGACUCUAUCACACAAUUAGGCUGCAACCAAGAGCUAGGGUUCGCAUUUCAUGCUGCACUUCAAGAAUCGUAUAGUCGAAGAUUGGAUGUUAUCAAUCGCGGUCUGGCUGGAUAUACGACUGCCGAUGCUACCCAGGUCUUUGAAAGCUUCUUUCCUUCACCGCAGAUAGCUACCGUGCGGUUCAUGGCGAUCUUCUUCGGUGCUAACGAUGCAUGUGUUCCAAACCACAACCAACAUGUACCUGUGGACCAAUACAAAGAGAACUUGAAGAUAAUAAUUCAGCACCCAGCAACACGCGCACAAAACCCGCACAUUAUUCUGAUCACCCCGCCUCCGGUUAAUGAGUAUCAGCUGGGGAGCUUUGAUGCUGCGAAUGGCACUCCGUUCCUGAGCAGAACUGCCAGCUUGACUAAGUCAUAUGCAGUGGCUGCGCGGGAAGUUGGUACAUCACUCAAUCUCCCUGUUGUGGACUUAUGCCUUUUUACUGAUGGUCUUCACCUGACCCCGGCUGGUAAUCGCAUCAUCUACGAUGAACUUUUGGAGAUAAUCCAGGCUACUUGGCCGGACCAGACUCCCGCAAUGCUUCCGAUGGUAUUCCCGGCACCAAAAUGA